AUGUACAAAACCAACCUCUUAUUUUUGAUCAUACUAUUCUUUCUACUUCUUAAUGGUUUUGUUAUUGAUGGUUUUUCAUCCUCGCCCUGGGCUAAUAGCAGUGACGUUAUCGUACUUACAAAUCAAAAUUUCAAUUCAAAGAUUAAACAACACGAUGUAUUAUUAGUUUUGUUCUAUGUUAAAUGGUGUCCACACUGUCGGCGACUAGAUCCUGAAUAUGAACGAGCGAGCACAAUAUUAUUAAAGAAUGCUGAUUCUCCUAUAUAUCUUGCUAAAUUAGAUUGUACAAAUGAUAACGAAGCGCGAUGUACGCGAAGAUAUGAGAUUAAUGGUUAUCCAACAUUGAGAAUUUAUCGCUAUGGACGUUUUAGUGGUGAAGAAUUGAAUUAUCGCAAUAGAACAACUGAUGAAAUUGUUCGGACAAUGGAAACAUUGAAGAAAGAUACCAGGCAAAAAGAGCAAAUAUGGUCCAGUAGUGCUCAAACAGGUGGAGUGAAAGAUGAAGUGAAUAAGACAACAACCAAUGUACCAUGUAUAUGGUUUUUCGUUGGAUUAUUUAUGGUACUUUUUAAACUUAUAUAA